GCCGAUUAACGCCAAUAUGGCGCGGCCCGAUGCGCGCAGCCCGCUCCCGAAGUCGUUGGUUCCGACCGUGGGCGAGACUGUCGCUGCUCGAUAAGCCGGGCGUGAACGCGCAGGAAACGGCCAAGCACGAGAGUCCGAGAUGUCGAGGAACGACGGCAGGAAGGACACCUCGGCGUCCGCGUUCCGCAAGAUCGACGUGGACCAGUACAGCGACAACAAUUUCAAAGAGGAGGACGCGGACGGCGGCGUAGGUGCGCCCACCGGUCCGGACGAGAACGAGAUUUUGACACUUCUUAGCCAGGGUAAGAACGCGGAGGCGCUAAUAUCGGUGUUAAAAUCCGCGCCGUUGGAGUGCAAAAAUCAGCAAGUGAAGGACAGUGCACGGAACUUGACACAGAAGGUGCUCCUAAGUAUAAAAUCGAAUCAAAUGGACGAUUGCUUAGCGCAACUAGAUCGUGACCUAGUAGAUGUUCUAAUGAAAUAUAUUUACCGAGGUUUUGAAAUCCCAACGGAGGGUAGCAGUAGUCACUUGUUACUUUGGCAUGAAAAGGUAUUUAAUGUAAGCGGUGUCGGCUGCAUCGUUCGUGUAUUCGCCGACAGUAAGCGGGCUUGAAGUUUUGUAAAUUUCGCAGUAACACGUUCAUUAUGAUAAUUACCAUUAAUUCUUACUGUUAUGUCAUCGUCAUUGUUAGUGCGAUGAGGAUGUAGAUAGGCAAGCCAUUCACAAUUUUCCAUAUGGGAAAUACAACAAAUUUGUGUACAUUUGUUAUCAAUAAAGUAAUUUUUAUUUCUUGUA